UUAGUGUUGAGACGUAAUUUACGCGUUUAUGAAUGGUACUGGAGUACUCCCGGAAAAUAAUAUAAUGGAUGGAUACAGUCAAGAGAAAAAAAAUGAACCACGAAGUGGUUCUCAUUAACGUAUGAAAAGUGUAUCUAAAUCUGAUAAAAGAAGAAAAAUAAUACCGCACCGGAGGCCUAAACAUAAAAUCGAUAUUUUUUGAGGCUCAGCGGAGUGCGGUGUGUGGAAAUUAAGCAAAUAAGAAGACAGGCAGGAUAGGGUAUAGAUUUUGGCAAACAAACCCGAAUGGUGGUUUGAUUCGAUUGUAUUGGUCUUCAAGAAUACCUCGAAAUUGAGGAACUAAUAAAAAAGGAAUUUCGUAGCAUAGAAACCGCUGGUACUAGAAGAUGCUGCGAGUUGUGUAGUUGUUAGAUGACAAUAAUAUAUUUGCGCUUGGAGAAAAGAAGAGCAGCCAUCGGUGUGUCGUACAAGUGUUUGAAAUUUAAAUUGAUAGAAAUAGUCUGUAGAAGUGCUCUAAUUUGUAUUGCAUGAAUAUAUGCGGCCAGCGAAAUUGAGAUAAGCAAAUUGCAGGCAAAAGUUUGUGUUUAGUGUUUGUAUAGAGUGUACCGGGGUUUCACGUUUACUUUUUGCCUGCCAACGUGAAGCAAUCCAAUUCUCUUGGUGUAUUUCGGUCUAUUACCUUGAGAUGAUACGAAUGAAAAGCAACUGGCGCAGCAGCAACAAAUGAUUCAUUGGUAUGAAGAAAGUGUCUAAAACGGAGAUGUGUAUUCGGGGAAGUUGCUAUUUAUGGUGAUCGCACAUACAAGCAACUUCGGAAGCAUAAAAGAAAUAAGCAAAUUCUAUAUUGAUUAGAACGGUGAAGAAGGCAACAAUAAUGUUACUUAAUAAGAAAAAUCGAAAAAAAGUUAUGGUGUUUACAUUUUAAGCAGCAUACGUAGGAGAAGGCAGUUCAAUUAUACACAACAUCAGCAUCUCUCAAUGGGCCACGUUUGCUGAAAACGCGAAAAGUAUCGCCAAAUCUUCUGGAAGUAAACUCCAAAUGGUUACAUAUUUUUAUGGCGCUGCUAUUUCGAUACUGCCCUAUAUUUGCUUUAGGACUACUUUUACUGAAUGGAUUUAUAUUUAUUUCAGUAUCUGCUUUUGUGAACAAGGCAGGGCCCGAUCGAUUACGUCUCACGUUGUCCCCUCCGGCACACGUGAUCAUAACAGCGACCAAGAACUCUCCUGUGUAUUUACCAUGCCACGCAGAAGCCGAUAUCGACCCGAACGACUGGGCCGAUUCGGAAAUGGACAUGGAUGACGUAGAGUACGAAAAUACUGCCAACGAGGAAGUGGAUAUUCUACAAUCACCACAAAUAGAGCGCCAGGGGUUCUAUGAAGAUACGAUAGAUCUCAAUAAUCUUGCGCAUGACAACAUCAAUACCAACACAAAUGACAAUGAUCUGGAGGAAGAGGAUGAGUACGAUGAAGAUAACUCCGAUCGGUAUCGUAGAUCGCUAUAUGGUCGGGACGAUUUGAUUGAGUACGUGUGGUAUCGAAAUGGGUUGGAAUUUUUUAGCACAACUUUCCAAAACCAGAAUCAUAAGCAAACGCAUAAGGGAUUUCGUCUCUUUCCUAACGGAACGCUGAAAAUACCCUACAACCGUCAAAUGAGCAAUAUUUCAGCUGGUAUCUAUCGGUGUAAGGCGAAUCUGACAAGGCAUGGUACAGGAUCAAUACUUUCCACCGAGAGUGUGGUUACUGUUGCAUAUUUGGAACGAGACAAUGCCCUUAUAUCCGGAAACAACACUGUAGUAACUACUGCUCACGGGCCUUUGGUGCUACAUUGUCCAUUUGCCAGUCACCCGCCUGCGAACAUCACUUGGAUGGUUAACAGGACACAGAUACUCACCAACAACUACCCACUGGACGCACAAGAAAAUAGGUUCUACCAAUUGCAAAACGGAAGUUUAUUACUCAUAGACAUUAAACCAUCAGACGCCGGAAGAUACCGUUGUAAUGCUACGAAUAAUUACGCUGCAAAGAAUUUUCGUAGCUAUGGCUAUGUUGUCAUAGUUCAGUCUUCUUCUUCAACAGUGGCCGUUGAACGACUGUUACCCAGAAUGCAGCAGCAGGUACAACAUGUUCAUGUUGGUUCCACUCUGAAGCUUAACUGUGCUGGAGAAAUGGGUCGGCCGCGAUGGACAUUUACACCUCGUCGAGGCAAAAUACCGAUUCAGUUGACAAACUUCACCAAUCAACUAUUAUUUAACAAUGUUUCCGCUGAAAGGCACGAAGGGGUCUACAAUUGCUCUCUCGGUGCUGAUUUCCAUGUGUUCAAUGUUACUAUUAUAGUACCACCCAUGUUCCUCAACAAUAUGACCUCAUAUACAUCAUCUGUUGUUGCCUCAAUGUCAUUUAAUUGUAGUGUAAGCGGGAAUCCUCAGCCGAAAAUUACUUGGUUCAAAAAUGGCAGAGAGAUUAAAAACAGUUACAUAAUUCAUUACAACUACCAUAUCCUUCGAAUCCAUACAAUCGAUCCGGAAGAUGAGGGUCUCUACCAGUGUAUUGCCAAAAACGAUGCUGGGGAAAGUAGUGUCUCCAUGUAUCUAUCGAUUCGAGAUAAGGAUAAGUACCGGCGAAUAUCAAAACGACCCGAUAGUAUCCAGUGUUUCCCGCUCGAUACGACUAGUUUAUACGUACGGUUUGAGCGCAGUGUGCAACAGGUCAACACGGAAUAUGUUAUGUACUAUCUCGCUUCCGAUGAUCCAUACAGUUGGUACAGUUCCCCUCCGACUCAACUCUUAACUAACAGCAGUAUGAAGAUUAGCGGACCAAUGGUAGUCCCUUUUCGGAAUUAUACAGUAUACCUGCGUGCUUGUUCCGUAACCAGUGUCCCCGAUGCGGAAUAUGCCGGUCCGGCGGGGAAAAAACAAGUCAUUCCCUCGAAACUGUCCAAAGGCGUCGAGUGCACAUCACAAGGAGUUCCCGUGUUGUCGAUAUUUUUGCGAAACGGCAUCUUUAUCUGGUGGCCCCGCUAUGCUGGUUUAGAACCGACCGCAUAUGUGAUUCAAAUCAAACAUAACGACAAUAGUAACUUGACAUUUCUGACAGAUAAAAUUAACGGAACUAGACAGAUUCUGGAUGACUAUACAACUCAUGAAGAAGUAGAACCGCUAUUGACGAAAAUAAAUGUAACUGUCAGCCAAGUACAAGAAAGCAUUCUGGACGAAAGCAAUGGAAAACGAAAGCGUCGACGUCGCGCAUUUGACAUAGGAAAUAAUCCAAAGCAGAUUUUUGAAUCUCUUACCGGCACUCAACUAGACCCGGAGUCAUAUAAUGGUAAUACGGAUUUAGCCACCCAGGCUAAACACGAUAAAAAGUUUCGUCAAGUGUUGAUUACUCAGGUCAAGGUGUCUGGAAACGUAACAGGGAUACUGUUUCCGGAUACAAAAAACAUAGUCGUAAGGAUCUUAGGAUCGGUUGCUCCUGAUGGAGAGCCAUUGAAGCAAGAUCUUCGUUUCGUGCAGUGGAAGACAAUUGACUCAUCUAUUCGUCGCCCAGAUACGGUAAAUCGUUUCCAAGCAAACCACGUGGAUGCACGAAGUGUACAGUUCACUUGGAGUCGUUUUAUUGCAACCGACCUUAUCAAUAAAUGUUUGACGUUAUGCUAUAAAAACGUUAACCAUGAUGUUUUUAUUAGGGGAGGUUCAAAUCGAGUAAACUGUGUGAACAUACAAAAAGAUGCAACACAUUUCAAUUUGAUUGGAUUACUACCAUUUACAUUGUACAAAGCAUUUCUAAAGCCGUGUCACUCCAAGGAACCGAUCAGCGAUGUGUUGGACUUUCAAACAAAGCAAGACGUUCCUGGACCAGUUACGAACCAUGCAUUGGUGCGAAAGGAUGGACUUGCUCUUACAUGGGGCCCCCCGGAAAAUAGGAAUGGUAUCUUGCAGGGAUACCUCAUUGAAUGGGUUGACAAAGACAAAGUACACAGCGCAGUAAAUUUGACAGUUAGCGCAAAUCACUUUCAGUUCCCCAAUGUUUCCACUGAUGAGAAAAUCAACAUUUCUAUUAGAGCUAUCGGCAGCACUGGUAUUGGUAUACCAAUUUAUAUGAAUCUUUUGAACCAUGUAGAUGUAACGUACGAGAAUGAACCAGUUGUGCACAUUCCUUGGAUAGAAAUAAUGAUUGGAACGCUUAUUGUCAUGUUUCUACUACUAUUUUGCAGUCUUUUGUUAGUACAUAGAAAUCAUUGCAAAAAAAGACGCCGCAAUCAGGCGGCGACUGCUGCAUCAACGGCAAUGCAAAUCCACUCCGCAAGUUGUAAUGCUGACGUUCAUGAAAUGCAAACAUUGAUCAGGACACCAGAGCAACUACCAGUAUUAAUACCAAACGGAAACUAUAAACAACAUCAAACCCAGAAAUCCAUGACUCAGCCACCUAUCGUAAAUAACUUAGAGGGAGCUAGGGAUCCUAACGUAGCCUUGAACCUUAUUACAAGUUCUGGUACCAUAAAUGGAAAAUCUCAACCAUUGUCAUCCAACAAAAAUGGGCUUGUACCACAGACAAACAUUUCUUCCCUCACAACAACUACACUACUUCCAAUUCAACAACCAUCAGUAUCCUCACAAGUUUUAGGUAGAAACAUAAGUAUACAGUAUAAAAGUCCGUUAAAGGUUAGCACUAGCAGUGAAGAUCCCAUCUUCGAUUUACAACAACAAGGAAAUUUCGCCACUAGUAGUAAUAGUAUUUAUAAUAGUCUCAAUAGUAGUUAUUUGAAUGUUCAUCAGCACUGUAACACAAAAGCUGCAGGAGGCUGCAACAGGAAGGACAAACAUAACCAUUCAAAUAUUGCGGGUGUAAGAGUUCGACUGCAACCGAAACAUUCCUCUAGAACGAAUGACGCUACCAUUGCAGCGGAACAAGUGCCAAGUUCUGCUGCUACCUCGACGUCGCUCUCGUCUGCCUCAAACUUCUCAGGCCUAUCAUCCGAUUCGAGUGGUUCGAAUGUCUCCUCCUGCUCUUGUAACACACAGUCGCGCCGAUCCCAUAAUUCUAUUAGAAAUUGCUGUACCUCUAACCAUAGCAACAGCAGUAAUGGAUAUAUUGUCCUUGGUGCAGCUCCUGUUGCAUUGAAUGCAACCCCCGUGGGAGUACGCAUUACCGAGAAUCCACAGUAUUCAAAAAGAAACAACAUAGUGGGACACCAUUCUCCAUCAGCCGUACUGAACACUUCGUUGUUCGAUAGUAGCCAACACAGAUUAUUAGAUUUAACAAUAGAUAGUAAUAGUGUAGAACCGUAUGCCGAUGACGUAACUAACUGUGAUCAAAACGAUUAUGCUAUCCAACCAGCAACUGAAACCGUUUAUACGUGUAACGAAGAUUCCCCAGAUGAACUCCGGUUGCAGCAGAAAACCGCGCAAAAUCACCUCGACUCUGUAGAAAGCACUCUGGAAGAGGACGACAACAACAAUGAACAGCAGUCAAACAGCGCGAUAAACGACCACCACAGUGAAUGUGUACAACUUCGUCGUCAGCAAUUACUCGACCCAAGGCAUUUGACAUAUUGCUGCACUGAAAGUAGUACUGCCAGCGCAAUUGAAUGCACUCUCGAUAGCAGUCACGAGAACGGUGAUUUUGAUGACGGUAAUCAAGUUGGUGAUACGGACAAUACAUCGUCGUUGCUGGAUGAUAGCAACCUCAGUUCCAAACCACUGCACCAGCAGCACACAUCUAAUUGGAGCUUCAGGCGUCCAAUAGUCGGACCGAACGGUUAGUUACACCGGCAUCGUCAUUUCAUCAUGUAAUCACCAUCAUUGUAAGCAAGUAAGAUGACUUAUAUACUUCACUUUAUCAUGCAUUUCGGCUUAUUAAAAAAAAUUAUUUUAUUUCUAAUAUAAUAAGUUGCAGUAAUGGUUGAUUGAGAAACAGAACAUUGAAUCACAUGUUAGAGGCUUAUUCCAGUUUAUACUGCAGUUUAAAUAAUUCAAACUAAGAUAUUCGGCGUUUAAUGUUGACGAUCCAAUAAUACUUGUUCUAUCAAAAUGCUCAUUUCGAAUGAUCGAAAGUAAAAAAAAACACAGUGUUUGGAUUUAAUAAUUUGCAAAAAAAAAUUAAUCGGUGUAAUCGCUAUGUUUAAGAACAAUUUUCAACAUUGAUGUUCGAAAUUACCUGCUUUCUAUCCAGUCAUCUGUCACGAUCACAAUGAAAACCAACGUACCUAAAUGCAAUAGAGGUUAAAUUGUAAGUUAAAAUUGUUCUCGAGAAUAAAAUAUUAGUUGCUACGAAAAAAGUAAAUUAAUGAAAUACGUUAUAACCGUACACGACGUGCUAUGGGAAAUGAAUCUAAAAUGUGUAUGUUGGAAACUGUUGGCAUAGCACCUUACUAUAUAUGGAUUAAAUCAAGAUGACAGUUUAAAGAGAGUAAAGUAAUCGGAAAUUCAUAAAAAUAAGCAUAAGAUGUAUAACAAUCUGGUACCUGAGACAAACAGUAGAAUAUAAGAUAAAUCAUCAAACAAUAGCACUGUAAGACAGCAGUUUAGCGAGAACUGAAACUAUGGAAACACAACAAUACUGGCAAAUACUACCUAUACUACCUAAUGACUGGUUUAUUGGCAAAUUUUUACUGUUUGUAUAGUUUCCAACACUAAAUUAAGUUCUCAAAAUUCGAAAGGAUCGCUAAAUCACAUUUUUGUAGAAAAGCUUCAACUUCUAAACUAUUUUGAGCAACAGGAGAACGAUGCGCAUUUUGUAAACGAAUAUUAAGAACAGCUAAUUGAAACAUUAAAACUAAUUUAAUAUACAUAACAACUUAACACAGAUAGUAUGAGUAUCGGAAUUAAAUUUCGAAUAGCUAUCUAACGCUUAAAACAGAAAUUGUGAUUUAAACUGUUAUGCAAACCAAUUGAAUUGUAGUUACGCAGAUACGAAAGAAGAGAUACGUGUGUCAUGCUGAGGUCAUUAGAUUUAAUCAUUACUUUUCCUUAAUCGGUGGAACGGAUAAGUCCAUCUCUCAAGCUCGCAACUAAUGUGUACUCGAAUAUUGGCAAUUGAAAACAUGAUUUGGCAACUGCAAUGGAACAGGGGAUCGAAACAGAUAGAUCAACGGCAAAGAAACGUAUUUAACGUGCCUUGCUUGUACAAAUCGACACAAGAAAAUAUAAACAGUAAAACUAUAUUAUUAUAACGAAAAAAUGCCACUUAAACGCCACAUAGGCGUUGCUCUCAAAGAUCCACUUUAAUUCAAUUUUGUUAUUUGGUUCAUCAUUUGUUUCGUUGACUAGGUUUGUAAUUUUAUUUUCCACAACUUUUGCAAGAACGAAUUAACAAUAGGACGGGUAAAUCAACCUCAAUUUAUCACAACUUUUCGAAUCCUUUAAAAAUUGUCGGAGCUAUGAUUGGAGUUAUCGCGAGACGUUUUAGUGCCAUUCAUAGUUUCGCGUAGAAAUGACAACAAAAUGAAAAUUAGGUAGUAGGGUGGUAUUACAUUUUCAAACACACGUGCAAUAUUAAUAAUAAGGACAAAGGUAAAUAAUAUACCCUAUUUACCGAAUCUCGGUUCGAAGACUUGACGGAAAACUUUAGAUAAGAUAUACCUGAGAACAAUGGAUAUAGUCCAAUAGCUUAUUUCCAUCUGAUUUGAUACAUUAAAAAGACAUACCUAAAGUUGAAAUUUUUUUUGCAUGGAUGAAUCAUUGAACACGUUCUAUUCAUUAUCAUUAUUAUAUUGCCAAUUUGAAACAGGAAAAAAUUUGAACAGGAAAAGGUUGCUAUAACAGAACAAAAAAUGCAAUCGCGCUGUUCCAACUGUUUCGCAGGUUCACCAUAAAUGCAAUUGAAACGGGGUAGUUAUAUGAUGAAACCAACAAAACAAAAAAACUGUCUGUGUUUGAUAUAUUACUGGCUUACAGAAAAAUAUUGUUUAUAACACUAGUAUACAGUUAUUUUCUGACAAUGGUUUGAGUAACAAGUUCCUUAAAAAUAUAGAAAAACCAUUUUUGCCAAAGUGCGCGAAAAUACAAAACAAUCUAGCUUGAAAUUUAUCACAAUGAUUCUACAUGAUAUGAGCUGCCUGAUAUAAAAAAUAGGAAGACAGAACUGUCUUCGUAAAACCACAUACUAAUAAAUAUAACACUCAAAAAACAUUUACACCCGUUUUAAGGUUAUUUAAAAUGCAUUUUUAGUUGGAACUGGGCUUAUGCAAUGAUGGCGCUACUGAUAUAUGCGCAGGUAAAUGGGGAAUAAAGCACUAGUGGAAAAUUAUUCCAGAACAUAAGGAAUAAGCCAUUUGCAAAUGAGUGCCUGUGAUCAUGUAUAAAAGGUGGAGCUAAUAUUCUGGCAAAAUCGGCGAAUCGAUAUUUUUGGAGGAAUUUUCCCAUAGUUGUGGUAAUACCUCCUUCGCUCGUAAGAAUUGUUAAUAAGGUUCACUUCCAAAAAAGUCGGCAAGGAUAAACCUCCGGUGUAUAAAUUAGUCAAGCUGUGUGAUAUGGUCUCGAACUUUAUGGCCCAUACUCAUUUUCAGAUUCUAUGACGCACCUCUUGUGCAUUACAAUGUCCCAGACGUUAUGACGUAGCCCGUUUCGAGACCUUACGACCUGUGACGUUAUAACGUAGUGCCCAUUACAACGCAGCAGCACUUUGGACGUUGUGUCUUAAGAAUGAUUUCAGAUCUUUUUUUUGCUGUUAUUUUUGGCUAAGACCAAGAUUGGUUAUCUCGCCGAUUUCAGAUCUUUUGACGCAUUAUCGUUUUCGGAUGUUAUGGCGCACUGUUUGAACCACUUGGACUACAUACGGGAAACGUGUUAUUUAAGCCAAUAUAUUCUGAUUCCUGAUAGCGUAAUAUUUCUUGUCAAGUGCAUGUCAAAUGCGGUGGUAACUCUGUUGAAUACUCUCCAAAGCCAGCAAUAGCGCUAUGGCGACCUUAAGGCUAGUUUACAGUUCGGGAAAUGGGUCACGGGAUUUCGCACGUAAUUUGCGUCGGGAUUUGAUCAGGGAAAAUUUCCCGCCGAGAUCUCUCCAAACUGUUAAACCAAAAACUCUGCUGCUCUUUAAAAAUACAAACAGUAUCAAACUUGCAGCGAAUUGCAAACCUUAUAACAAUACUAUUUUCCCCGUCGGCAACAAUUUGUGUUGAAUUGUUCCCGGCCGGAUUUCUGUGUGGAGAGUUUUAAAAUCCCGUUAUGUUUCCCGCGGUUGGGUUUACACUUCAGGAAAACUGUCAUUUUUGUGUAGACUCAUUUCCUGUCACGGGAUUUGAAAUCCCGAGCUUCCAUACACAGGGACCCAAAUCCCGUGACACGUUUUCCGAACUGUAAACUAGCCUUUAGUUGGUUCUCCUAAAAGGCAUACGCAGGAGGGAGUUAUUACGUAGAUCUAGAAUGCGGAUCCAGAUCCAAGCGUUCGAGAAUUGUUGUAGAGCAAUCCGCUCUGAAAUUUGAAAUUGAUGAUGAUGAAGAUGGUCCCACCUCAUACCCCUACGAAGGUGUGAGCUGAACAAUUUAUCUAAUAGAUAAUUGAUAUUUUGACACAUGACUAAACCAGUGAACAAAACAAAUAUGGAGUGGUUAACAGUUCAGACAUAGAUUUUCCUUCAAAAGACCGCAACCAAAUAGGCUUCAAAUAUUUCGCAAACAACCAGAGUCCAUCAAGCACAUUUCCAUCCCGGGAAGAUGUUUGAUGGAAUCGAGAAUUGAACCCAAUAUCCUCAAUUUUCGACAAUAACAAGCAAGACUCCUCCCGCCUGACCAAUAUAUCGCUACUACCACAUACACAAAUAGAAAGAAUCGAGUAUGGUGGCAGUGUAGAGCCCAGCCGAUUUAUAUCAUCAACGUCAGACCUCAGACUAAUCUACCACUAACCCAAGGCAAUCAAGAGAAACUCCCAACUGGGAAUAUCCUAGAUUGAUCGGGAAUUGAACCCGAAGUCUUGUCAUAUCAGAAAGAAUCACUCUGGCGAACAGUAAGUCCGAGACGAAUAGGGCUCGAGAGUAGUCGCUCCGGGUGCUGAAAGUAUCGAUUCAGGGUACUAGAUACCUUCAGCAUAGAGUUCGUUGCAAGAAUUGCAGCAUUAUUCACGAAAAUUCGGUUGAUGAAUUACCCCAAAAAAGGAGUUCGACUCGCGACAGCAGCGGCCUGUUGUGUAAGUCAAUUGUUGCAGUAGCGGAGAAUGGAUACAGUUAAUCCUUUUUUUGUUUUUUUUCUGGAAUCAAAUUUUUGAUAGCAAAGCUAAAGUGUGUACAACUGCGUACUAUGUUGCCUAUUUCUAUAUUUCUAAAAACCACUGUUUCUGUAAAUGAUUUCGACGAUUACACAAAAUAUUCAUGAAAUACUACGAAAAUUCUUUUAAAGGUUUUUUUUCCUGUCGGUAACAUGCAUGUGGUUUGCUAAAUUAGCAAUGCAAUUUGUACUGUAAUAGCUGUGGAUAAUAUUCAAAUCUAUAAACAUCAUGUUCUGUCAAUAAUAUUAAUAGUUUUGAAGAAAGUCACGUCGGCUAUUUACGGUAUAACAGUUUUGUUUGGUUAGCUUUUUUAGUUCACGAAAAAACCUUUGAAUUUAAAAAAAAAAUUAAAUACUUUAUUUAAAUACUUUUUUCCUAUACAUAAUGAAAAUGUUGGAGAGUGCUAAUGAUGGGGAUCGAGAGAACCGAAUGUUACAGGGAUGAAAAAUAUCUGUAACAUUCGGUUGUAUGAUAUAAACGAAAUUUAAAAUUUUAUGUGAAACUUUUAUUGAUAAUCGAAAUAUUAGAAAGCUAUUUGGCCUAACAAAAUAAUCAAAAAUUAAAUUUAAAGAAAAAACUUAAUAAGAAUUGUUACAAAUUUAAUAACAAGUAGAUGACUUUUGAAUUUUUAUUACAUUAAAGGAUUUUGCGAUAAAAUAUUGAGAUAAAAAAUACUCGAUCUUCGAAUUAACAGUAUGAAUGAGGAAAAGCAGCAGUUUCCCGUGAUUUUUUUAAAUUCUGCCGUAUAUAUUAACAGAAUUUACAUACAUAAAAACAACUGCAUUACUAAGUUGGCAAACCACAUGUACAUUACAGAGAGAAAAACAAAACCAUUUUAAUAUAUUUACCCUAAGUUCUUAUGAGUUUAUUGAGUAACUCAUUGAAAUCACUUAAACGGCAAAAGCUAGAAUUUUUAGAACAUAGCAUCCUAAGCAGUUUUAAACUAAAAAAGCCUGUCAAAUGAGAUAAAUGCACUUUCUCCUUAAUAACCGUUGUCAAAUGUCUGUUAUUUCAAACCCAGUUUGCCAUAUGGGGUACACCACUUUUAGUCCAAUGCUGUUCGUGUGAAAAAGGAAAAUUCCUAGUUUGAUAAUAUAGCUUAUGAAACUCGGUACAGAUGUUAUUUAGACCAAAACAAUUGAUUUGGUCCAUAACUAGAAAAUUUUGGCCCCUUAAAACCCAAAAAAAAACACUUAAAAACUGCUUGAUUCAAAUUAAAAGUUUGUAUGUUUAAUUUCCGAAAAUCUGUGGACGAUCUCAAUUGGAUCUCGACGGCCAUCGAGAACGUACCUCAAUCUAAACCAGAAUUACCUCUUAUAUCACAAUUUCAAUGAUCUGCAUUCUUAUAUCUCAAUUUCAGUGAUCUGUAUCUCUGGAAUCAGAUGCUUGAUUUUUAAAAUCCAUUUUUUUACUUGGACUUCGAGUUGCCGAAUAAAAACAGCAGGGACAGAUUAAGGAAACCCCGAAAAUGUUAUUUUUGGAAGUAAUUAACAUUCACGAGUUAACCAUAUCGUGAAGAUCCGUGAGCAGGUUCCCGGUAGCCACCGAUGUCCAGCUCUUUCUGGUGAACUAAGGAAACUAAAAACAAUUGUGCCAAUUUUCUUAACUUUAUCACAAAGUGCAGUGGCGGAUCCAGGGGGAGUGUCCUGGGGUUCUGGACCCCUCCCGAAAAUUUUCAACUUUUGAGAAAUUUUAAAUUAGUUUGAAUUUUAUAUUAGUUUCAACUCUAAAUAUUUUCAAGCCAAAUUUGACCAUUAUUAUUAUUAUUAAAUGAGGUUUUUACAUAUUGUACAAUUUUAAAAUCGAAAUUUCCAACAUCUCCUAAUUUUUUUUCUGGAUCCGCCGAUCUCUAGGAUAAUAAACUUCGUAUCAAAAUCCUUAUCAUUUUUAAGCGUGAGAUAGAUGUUCUGAAUAAUUAUAAUCCAUCCUAACAAAGCGCUGUACUGCCUAUGAUCGCAAAUCAGUCUCAUAAAGGUAGGAAAUCCCAUUAAAAAUUGAAAAAAUAUAUGAUCAUGGGCAGUAUACUGAUUUCGAAGUAUUUUUUUAUCCAAUGCAUCUAUCUAGCUCCUACCUAUCAUUACCCACUAUUUACUUUGACAUGCAUACGGUGAUGAGCCUAUUUUCACCGUACUAAGCAAGGUGCCUCACUAAUUCGGUAAUUUCUUGCCUUACAAUCAAUGGAAUGCGUAAAUUGACAUCAACCGCUUUGCUUCGUUGUUAAGAACCAAUAUAAUAAAACAAAUACGUCGAGAACAGACGUAUUUGUUUUAUUAUAUUGAGAAAUUCUCGUGUUUGAGCACAAUGAAAAUUCGAAUCGAGUGCCCCUAUUGUUGCGCUACCAUUUGACGCAAUGCGUUGAACAAAGAUGACAGACACUGCUCUAUCCAACGGCUUCAAAUGGGUGGGGUGAUAGUAGAAACAUGGCGCAAAUAGGCUCAUCACCCAAUAUCCAAAUACCGAUCGCUUGAUUUACAGUUACAAUAAAAAAAUGGAACAGUCCAUUGAAGAACCCCACACAAGAGUGAAACACAGGCUUGAUUACAGAUUAAAUCAUCUAUUGAAAUAAUGAACAUUUCAAUUUGUUGUCAUUUCUCUAAAUUCCAUGUCAAUAAACUAAGCAGAAGUUGUUUUUAAAUGAUAGUGUUGAUGACACUGAGCUUCUAUCAAAACAAUUUACUAAAACUUAAGAAAUGUGUUCACAUUUUUACUUGAAUUAAAAUGUGUUGUCAACAGAAAUGAAAAUUAUUUGCAUUUCGUCAGUUAAUGUGCAAAAACACCGAGCCAAACUCAUAGAGUCACAUAAUCGAUGAGAAUAGAAUUUGGCAAAAGAAACAUUUUAGGAUGAACAAUCUUCACAAAAAACUCUUUGACACACAUCAGAAAAUCUGAAUAUCGAGUACACGGUUUAAUUAAAAAAUAAUAAAAUUUGACUAUUUAAACGACAAUCGAUCGCAUGCACAUGCGCAUAAAGCAAAAUUACUGAUGAUUCGAUUUAACAUGCUAGGGUGGGUGCUCCUAUAGUUGAGGUGUACCAAUAGUUGCAGUAGUGGGUUAUACGCCUAACUAAGGUACCAACCAUCAACAAAUAUGUUUUUAUCGAUUCAUCGCACUAAAAUUAUGCGACAAUAAAACUGUUAAAAUAAAUUUGCUCAAAUAACUAUGGAAAAAAAUGAUUUUCUUAGAAUUUUUAGCUCCCUUGCACCUAUAGUUUAUAUAGUGUACCUAUAGUUGCAAGUCCCAUAAGAAAGCAAUGGGAUUUGCAACAAUAGGAACCGAAAUUAGCGAUUGCACCACUAUUGGUACAUGUGUUCCUAUAGUGGUACAAGCGGUUUUGAAUACAUAAAUUGGCUAUUAAACCAUCUUUAUAUUUUUCCUAUGAAGUAGGGACUGAAAGCUUUCGUUUAAUGUAUUAACAUUGCCCAUAGGUCUAUUCAUCGAUUUUUUGUCAAAAGUUUUCCUUAAGUAUGCGACUAUUGGUACAUCCACCCUAGCAGUGAAAAUUGAUCAUGGGAUUAUGACUAGUGUUGUAAUGUCGAAUCUGAUGGGAGUCGAUAAAAUAUUCAACUCAAAAAGAAUUAUCUAUCGUUCUGGAUUCAAUCCCAUCACCUCAGGCUGAUGUUCCUUUAAUCAUCAUCAGCGUAUACGACAAUAAUGUCUAAAAGCUACAUACACUUCCCAAAACUAGAAUAUACUAGAUUAUUCCUCUUGAAAUUGUUCAUCCUACAAAGUUGUUCUUGAAGAAUGCUAUUCAUUCCGGCUUAACAUUUCGAUAGUGAACUAACCGCUUCUGAAAAAUUUUAAACCGGCGGAUUUAUCAGGUCCUGAAAAUCGUAUGUUUCAAACAAGACGCGAUUAUACGAGAUUGAUAAUUCUUAUAAUUUCUAUUAUCCGAGAAAUCCGCCCAACGUUUUAUUUGAUUUAAGAAACCAAUUCGAUUGGGCCCCAAUUUAAUCACAAACGAAAAUUGAUCGCUUAUAUAAUUAUUUUUCAUGCUCCGAAGUGCAUUUCUACAAAUGAAAAUGGCAUUAUUCAACGAACAAAUUAAAUAGAAUCUGUCUAAGAAAAGCACGGACAUUAUUUUGCAUUUUCUGACAAGCGAAAUUUAUUGUAAUCGAAGUGUAUGUAUCUACAAUAAUUAGUUUCAUCAGCAUGAAUGUAGAUAACAAUUACUAUCAUAUAUGUUUAGGUAUCCCUAACUAUAAAUUAAUUCUAUAGUUGAACAAAGUUACCAUUAACAAUGCACUCCAUUUUAUGUUUUACUCGGUAUUUAUUUUCAUAUAUAGGUUUUCUAUGAUAUCAAUCAACUCAAUCAUUCUGCACAAUUUCAAUCCUCUGUUCUGUAAAGCUCACUAAGACAUAUCACCAAAACACAAUCAUCCACAGUUACUGAUACUCGCAGCAAAACACCUCCCAUUAUUUUCCAAUCCAUCCGAUAUAUAAUAUAUUCACCCAUCCCCACCGCACAAAUACACAAGAAAACCAAAUAGAAUCAUUAGAUGGAAGUAUCAUCAUUACUCGCCACACUCGAAUACAUCUAUAGCCAAAGCAUUUCUCAGAUAUUGUUUUUAGAUGUAUAAUAGCAAACAGAUACAUUCACACACUCAGAGUAGUGUCCGGUAACAAGACAGGAAAUAAUUCAUAAUUCGCACCACACAACAAGGCUUUUCGUGAACGUUUUUCACAUUCCAUAAUUCCGUAAAAUGAGUUACAACUGACAGUCGGUAAUUUUAUCCAUUGUUUCCUUACAAGAAAUCGAAUAGUAUUUAUUAUUAUCAGUUCUUUUAACUGUGUUACUUUCAGUUUAAGCGAACCCAUUAAUUAUGAAAGAAUUAUUUAACGAAACAGAAGAACAUUUUAUUUAUUUCACCCCUCCCGAACAGAUACACCCAUACAGAUGCACCCGAAUCAAAAUAUAGCAAAGUUGAUUAAUUGAGGAACAAAUUAUUUUGAUUCAACUAUACUUAAUCAAUCAUACAUAUUCAUUUCCUAAGAACAAUUAUUGAACACAGAGCAAGUAAAGAGAUCGAACAAACCGUACAGGAUAAUAAAGAUUGCGAAGCAUUAUGUUUGAAAACUAUUAUUUUAUACUUAAUCUGUUAGUUUUCACAAGUUAACAAGGCUAACGAAAUAACCGUAAUUGUUUUAUUUUUAUAUUAUCAUCUUGUUUUCAAGCAAGGCAAGCGCGAACGAAUGAUUGCAUUUUUGGAUGAAUUGUUAUCUACCUCAUAACAGCAAGAUCAUUUUAUGACUUUGUUUUUAAAUUCUAGUAAGAAAAUACAUAAUAAACGAAGUAAUUUUAUUAAUUAAUUUUAGUUAUUCGUGUAUAAAAUAUACAGUAUACAAUAAAUUAAAUAUA